GAAAAAAAGUGUUGAUAAAAAAGUGUUGAGACAGAAAAUAUGGAAAAUUUUAUAUGUGUGUGUCUAUGAAAAUAUAAACUGCAACAAAUGUGUUGCAAGCAACGAGCAUCAGAUACUUUAAUCAACAACAACGUGUUUCAAACAAAUAAAUCGUCGGGUGAUAUAGUUAAAAGCGAAAUUUCCCUUACUGCCUGCACCGUCGUUUCCGUCGCUGGUGUCUGGACGUCACCGCCAGUCGCAGUCUUACGCUGUCUCACUCACUCCCACGGAAAGCAAGAAAAGCAAAAACAAAUAAAAAAGAAAAGCAAAAAAAGUAAAAAGCAAAAGUCUGUUCUUUUGACCAAAUAGAAUUUAGCCAAACAGUCUUACUUGGCCAAGGCGUUAGAAACAGCCUCAUCACGAAUUACCUACCCUUUGCCCUACAGAGGCGAUCAACGGUGGUUGCCGCCAGCGCAAGCGCUGCUGCAACAGGAUCAGCCUCAUCGUCAUCAGCACCACCACCAACCACUAGUGGACAGCAGCCGUUAGUGUUGAAUCUUUCCAACAACAAUCACAGUGGUAGUCCUACAUUGAGAGCUGGGCUACGAGUAAACGACAACAAUAUUGUUUCUGAAACACACAUCGACAACUACAACAACAUGUCUAUGAAUGCACCAUUCGGUAAUCCAAGCAGCAGCAGCGCGGGCAGCAGCAGCAACAACUAUAAUACCAGUACCAGCACAACAGGCUCCAGCACUGCCGGUGCGACAUUGAGUAUUGAUCGUACGUUUGGAGCCUUCCCACAGAUCGUAAAGGAGGGUUGGCUACAAAAACGUGGCGAGCACAUAAAGACAUGGCGCCAACGUUACUUUAUACUGCGCGCCGAUGGUACUCUAAUGGGCUACCGUAGCAGGCCCCCAGAUAGGGCUACUCCCACACAGUCAGAGCAACUGCUAAACAAUUUCACAGUACGUGGAUGCCAGAUCAUGACAGUCGAUCGGCCCAAGCCGUUCACAUUUAUCAUACGCGGCCUGCAAUGGACCACAGUGAUUGAACGAACCUUCGCAGUGGACACCGAGCUCGAGCGCCAACAAUGGACUGAAGCCAUACGCAAUGUGGCAAGUCGUUUAAGUGAAAUGGGAGAGACGGCCAUGACGCCAUCCGUACAAACUGAUAUGGCUGAUGUGGAUAUGGCUGGCAUAGCAGAGGAUGAGCUCUCCGAACAAUUUUCUGUCCAGGGCACAAAACGCAACAGCAGCGGCGUCAAGAAAGUGACUCUGGAGAACUUUGAGUUCCUCAAAGUGCUGGGUAAGGGCACGUUUGGCAAGGUGAUCCUGUGUCGUGAAAAAUCCACAGCCAAAUUGUACGCAAUUAAAAUUCUCAAAAAGGAGGUCAUUAUACAGAAGGAUGAGGUGGCGCACACUUUAACAGAAAGUCGUGUGCUUAAAUCAACAAAUCAUCCGUUCCUUAUCUCUCUUAAAUAUUCAUUUCAAACAAACGAUCGCCUUUGCUUUGUCAUGCAAUACGUGAAUGGAGGCGAAUUGUUUUGGCAUUUGAGCCAUGAACGCAUCUUCACCGAGGAGCGUACACGUUUCUAUGGUGCGGAGAUCAUAUCCGCUCUUGGCUAUUUACACUCUCAGGGCAUUAUAUAUCGUGACUUAAAACUGGAAAAUCUUUUGCUGGACAAAGAUGGUCACAUUAAAGUUGCUGAUUUUGGUUUAUGUAAAGAGGAUAUCACCUAUGGCCGUACAACGAGAACGUUUUGCGGUACACCGGAAUAUUUAGCGCCGGAAGUAUUAGAUGAUAAUGACUAUGGGCAGGCGGUAGAUUGGUGGGGCACAGGUGUUGUUAUGUACGAAAUGAUUUGCGGUCGUUUGCCCUUUUAUAAUAGAGACCAUGAUGUGCUCUUCACAUUGAUAUUGAUCGAAGAUGUUAGAUAUCCACGCAAUAUUUCCGAUGAGGCUAAAAGUCUGCUGGCGGGUCUGCUGGCCAAGGAUCCUAACGCACGUUUGGGAGGAGGACAGGAUGACGUCAGGGAAAUACAAGCGCAUCCAUUCUUUGCGAGUAUUAAUUGGACAGAUUUAGUGCAAAAAAAAAUACCGCCGCCAUUUAAGCCUCAGGUUACGUCGGAUACGGAUACGCGUUAUUUUGAUAAUGAGUUCACGGGCGAAAGUGUUGAACUGACUCCACCGGAUCCAACUGGACCGCUGGGAUCUAUAGCCGAAGAACCGCUAUUUCCGCAGUUCAGCUAUCAGGGAGAUAUGGCCUCCACGUUGGGCACUUCUUCGCACAUUAGUACUUCCACAAGUCUCACAUCGAUGCAAUAGAACAAGAAGUCUAACAGAAGAAUAACAAGUUUUUGUUUUGUUUAAUUUACUUUUCCCCGUUUUUCCUUUAGUUUAACAUGCACAUACGCAUCAUGUCCUGUUUCAUCACCAUCAAUCACCCCCAGCCCAAGCCUCUCCCUUACAUACUAUAUAACUAUAAACCUAUAACUAUGAACUAUAUAUUGAAAUGGAAAGAAUUAAUAUAAAUAAUAAUACUUUUUUAUACUUGCUAAGUUUAUACCACAAUAAUAACGAAGAAAACUUCAAA